CCGCUAUUGUCUUACAGCCAUGUCACGACCAACUACCGUCCGGUUUUCACAAGAGAGGGCGUGUACCCGAUUUCGCCAUGGCGCCCGACACGAAAGCAACUACGGUUAACGAUGGUCCGCCCUGGAGCGAACCCUCGUGGCUCACUCUUCCUUCACCAUACUACAACGAGUCGCACAGAAAGCUACGCAAUACAUUGCGCGCCUACUACGACGAACACAUCAAACCAUAUAUGCUAGAGUGGGAGGAACAGGGAGACGUUCCAGAACAACUCAGGCUAGAGCACGCGCGCACCGGUCAGCCAUUUGCGGACGUUCCAGAGCCGUACAGACCAGCAGAUGUUGUUGGCCCGGCGGGAAUACCGGUAAAGGAUUUGGAUGUCUUUCAUCUUAUGAUCAUGACGGAUGAAAGCAGUAGAGUCGAGGGAGGCGUUGGGACGGCAAUGGCAGGGGGAUCAGUCAUCGGGGUGCCACCGGUCGUUCAUUACGGUACAGAAGAACAGAAAAAGAAGUGGUUGCCUGGCUUGUUUACCUGGGAGACAUCUUUCUGUCUAGGCAUCACAGAGCCAAGCGGUGGUUCUGAUGUUGCGAACAUCCAAACGACGGCAGUGAAGAGUAAGGACGGGAGCCAUUACAUCGUGAAUGGGUACAAGAAAUGGAUCACUGGCAUGCCGUGGGCGACACACAUGACGACGGCGGUCCGUACCGGAGGCGACGGCGCGAAGGGCAUCUCCGUCCUCGUCAUACCAACCUCAUCACAAGGUUUCUCUCACCGUCGCAUACCAAACAGUGGCCAGAAGGCGGGUGGUGCUAGUUUCGUUGAGCUGGACAAUGUCUACGUGCCAAUAGAAAACUUGGUUGGCAAGGAAAACGAAGGCUUCCGCAUCAUCAUGAAGAACUUCAACAAAGAGCGUUUCAUCAUGUCGGUCGGAUGCAACCGAAAAGCACGUACCUGUCUCUCACACUCUUUUGAAUACGCUACCAAGCGACAUACGUUCGGAAAGCCUCUCAUUUCAAACCAAAUCAUCACUCACAAGCUGGCCACCCUCGGAAGGUAUAUAGAGUCGCACUGGGCUUGGCUUGAGCAGAUUGCGUACCAGAUCCAACAGUCGCCGCUGGGGUGGCAGGACCCAGAGAUCGCGGGGCAGAUAGCGUUGUCGAAAGUGCACGGCGGCCGGAUUCUGGAGAUGGCAAACCGAGAAGCGCAGCAAAUCUUUGGCGGCGCUGGCUAUCAAAAGGGUGGUCCAGGUGCAGUGGUAGAACAAAUCAGUCGCGAUCUGAGAAUGAUGGUCGUCGGAGGCGGAAGUGAGGAAAUCAUCGCCGAUCUGGCCGUGAGGCAGGAGACCGCACUUGCUAAGAAGAGGGGCUGGAAGCUAUGAGCGUCCAUCGACCAAUGUUCGAAUGCUGAAUGGAUGCGCCCAGAAUUGGCGUUCUCUUUGAGGCUAAAAUACUAUUGUCUUGAGCUGCUUAUAUCGUGGACACUUGGCCCUGCGAAGUUACAAGUCGCGAGCUGUGCCG